AUGGGUCGAACGUUGCCGGUUCCAGUGUCGUGUCAGGUGUGCGGCGACCGUUCGUACGGCAAGCACUAUGGCGUGUACUGCUGCGACGGUUGCAGUUGCUUCUUCAAGCGCAGCAUCCGGCGGGGCAUCGCUUAUAGCUGCAUCGCAGCCAGGGGUGGAUGCCCGGUGGACAAAGCCAGAAGGAACUGGUGCCCUUCCUGCAGACUCACAAAAUGCUUCGCCGUCGGCAUGAAUCAGAACGCCGUGCAGGAAGAAAGGGGACCCCGCAAGAAGGCGGGUUGUGCCAGGACCGACGUGCAGCAGCGUCAACCUCCGAGCGCGUUUCGGCGAGUCAUGCCUUCUUCAAAAGAGACGGACUCAGAACUGGUGCAAGAAGUGGCUCUGCACGUGUUACUGACAGCCCUGCGGAAAGCCAAGUGCAACGAGCCCUUUCGGACGCUUCCCCAAGUCGACCAAAUGGCCAUAUUGGAAGAAGUGUGGCCGGAGCUUUUUGUCCUCCAGAUCGCCUACUGGCCCAUCGAUCUCUUGACCGUCGUUCAGCCAAAGACGGAGCUGCAGCGUUCCACUUUCCGCCACUUGCAGCAUGCAGUGCUACAGUGCCAAGCUCUAGCCCUCGACCACGUCGAAAGGAGUCUGCUUGAAACCAUCGUCCUUUGCAGAAGAGGUCAGUUGUGUUAUGUUCUCGGCAUAGAUUGCAAGCGGGACUUAGUGGCUGCUCUGCAGGUGGACUGUAUGUUGGAGCAAGCGCAGUUGACGCUUGGCCAAUACAUGUCACAGACCAGACCCCACUGCCCAGCCAGAUUUGGUAAGACGCUGUUGACUCUGCCCCUGCUCAGAGCUGUCUCUCAAGAAGCACUGGAAGCUCUCUUCUUGCACCAUCACACUGUACCACUCGCUUACUUUGUAUCAAGUCCCACCUGA